AGGCCAGGGGUGGGGGGAGGGGACCAGCCACAAGCCUCGGGGCCGCAGGUGAGCCUUCGACCCGCAAACGCCAGUGUCCGCUAUUAUCACAGGCUGGCUGGUGCAGAGGCCGCCGGACGUGCCCUUCCUUCGCUGUGGUCAGGUUGUCCCCGGUGUAAAAGAUGCGUGUGGCCCCAAAGUCUGAAUAAAGGCACCAAUCAGCUUCUUUUAGCACCUCAUUUUUGCUCCUCCACAGUAUCCCUUCAAAAAAGUUAUUUGGGAAUAUCGAAAAUCAUCUGCUCUCCUUUCUAGUAAAAUUGCCUUUUUUGCAGUCACACUUUUAACAGUGCAAGUGGUUGGGUGCCCUGUGGUGUGCUCUUUCUCUGAGAUUAUCUUAAGGUCUCAAAUUUUGGAGAAGAGAAAACAAUGCGAGCCAAAUGCUCAAACAAUCCCUGCCCCCCACUUCCAUGAUGCUCAAACAAAAGAAUUUUCUGAUCCUCUCUGAGUACACAGGAGCAGUUUGCUGUAACUACUGACGGUAGCCAAAUGCCCCAAGCUUACCAAGCAAAAUUAUUUUUCCUUCCAUGAAAGAAAAAAAUAACCACCAUCCGAACUUCUAAUUAGCCCAGACUACAUGGAUACGGUGUUUAAGAGAAACUGUUGUAGAGCGAGCUUAAUAAAUUAACAUAAUUAGAGUAAUUAUUUUAUGCACUUCGCAUUAAUCUAUUAUUUGUACAGCCUUUUUGGCCAAAAAUAGCUUGAGGCAAAGGACAAUAAAAAGGAUACAACAAUGUGUAAAAUGGCCAAGAGCCAAAACAAGGAAAUUCUCAAUUAAAAAUUCUUUGUUACAAAGGCCUUCAAAGUAGGACAGCUUUAAAUUCUUCUAAUUCAUAUCAAAGUAUGCAUUUUACAAGACAAAAUGGAUCAACACCCUUCUUUUCAGGAACAUAUGUAUUAAAGUAAUGUAGGCCUGAACUAAAGGUCCACUCCAGGGUAGAAAAUUUUCAUUUAAAAAAAUGCAUUAAUAGAGAAUACAUCAGAGCCUUUUAGCUAAUGGUAGAGGUAUCUAAGAGUUUGGCUUAAGACAUGUAGAGAACAUCUCUGACUCUCCAUAUGAUUAGUUGUGGGUCCAGUAAAUUUUUUUAAAGUCCAUGUGUAACCUUUAUCUAAUAUUUUCACACUUAUCCCUUUCUUGCCUGAGCCAAGUAUCUACACUUUACUUGGUUUUUAACUUCAUCAAAGUCUUCAGCCUGGUGAUUCCAGACUAGUUUUUCUAAUUGUCUCGAUUUGUUUAUAAACAGAUUAAUUCAUUAAUUAAAUUAGUAAACUAAUAUUUCUACAGAGAUGGACAAGUAACAGAUGAAUGAAUUGUGUUUUCCUUGAUAUUUGGGUCAAUUGUCAAGGCUAAUUAUUUGUUUUAAUUAUUAUGUUCUGUUUUGAUUAAAGUUACUGGUGGAUGAAGUAAAUGAAAAUGUUUUUAUUGUUUCCACACAAAUCUAUGUGGAUUUUGCAUUAGUGUGAAUUUCUUACUAAAAUCCAGGCUCAACCUACACAUACUUGUUUGUAAUCCUGCCAGAUUAAUCCAUCUGAAGUGAUUGGCCUUGGGUGUGGAAGGACAAAUACAGCUAUAAUUCAUUUGUUAUUCCCUUUUGAGAACACUGCCUGGUUCUUUGGCCUUUAGCCUGCCUAAUAUGUUGUCUAUGUUCAGGUUGAAGUGUAAAAUAAAAAAAUUAGUUUGUUUUAUAGGAUGAUUUUUAAUGUUCCAGUCAUGUUUAUGCACAUACCCACAUAUUUACACAAAUUACUCAUCCAGGUUUUGAUCUCCCUUAUUCUCUAUACUGGUAUUCAGGGGGGUCAUACUGAAGAAUCUACAUUUUAAUCUGAUAGGUUUUUAGAAGACGGGAACUUUAGAGAACUGCAAAUAAAACUUUAAAUGCAGUUUGAAGUAAUUCGUGUGAAUUUAUUGUCUUCCACAGACUUUAACUUCUUACCAUCCCUUCCAGAUAGUGGAUACUCAAAUGAAACUCCCUUUGGGAGAGAGCAGAGGGUGGUACACUACUACUCUCUCCUCUUCCAUGAAAUAACAAAAAUCUGCUUUUCUUUCAGCUUUUUUCCCUCUGAAACUGGACUAAAAAACUUGUACUGUUCAUCUCAUGCUAGCCACUUUUUUUUUUUGUUUACUUAUUUAUUUAGAGAGAGAAUGUGCACAUGAGCUGGAAAGGAGCAAAUAGAGAGGGAGAGAGAAUCCCAAGCAGGCACCAUGCUGUCAGCACAGAGCCCAACGUGGGGGUCGAACCCACAAACCAAGAGAUCAUGACCUGAGCCAAAACCAAGAGUCAGAGGCUGAACCAACUGAGCCACCCAGGUGCCCCUAGCUACUUUCAUUUAGCAUCAAGAAAUUUUAUUUUAGGAGCACCUGUCUGGCUCAAUUGGUAGAGCACCCGACUCUUGAUCUCAGGGUCUUGAGUUCAAGCACCAUGUUGGGCAUGGAGCCUAGUUAAAAAAAAAAAAAAAAAAAAGAAGAAGAAGAAAUUUUAUUUUAAAAUAUCAGCUGGAGGGCACCUGGGUGGCUCAGUCGGUUAAGUGUCUGACUCUUGAUUUUGGCCCAGAUUAUGAUCUCAGGGUUUGUGAGAUCGAGCCCCAUGUCAGGCUCUGUGCUGACAGCAUGGAGCCUGCUUGGGAUUCUGUCUCCCUCUCUCUGCCCCUCUCCCACUCAUGCUCUUGCUUUCUCUCAAAAUAAAUAAAUAAACUUAAAAAAAUAAAAUAUGAGCUUGGAGGUCUAGUUAUAAGACUAAAGAACUUGGUGAGAGUUAGCACUAGUGGCAAUGUGUUUUUGGGCCCUGAAGGAGGUGGAAAGGGAAGAGAUGCUGAAGCAGGAAUCUCUGCAUGAACAGUUGUAUAGGGUCCCCAAGGCCUACCCUUUCCCCAGCAUGGACACCGUGUGAUGGAAUUCACCCUCAUGAGUGAACACUGCUCUGACCUUUACCACCUGUAUCAGAAUUAUUGCUGGAAGCAUCUCUCCUCACCAGACGCACUGCUGAUGGUUCUUCAGAACUCAGGAUUCCUGCUCAGUGUGUCCACCUGAGAACUUACAUUGGCUGGAAACCAUGAGGCAAUGACAGGGACCCCCCAAGGCCGACAGGACAUGGCCUAAUACCUAAUUUAAAGACGCCGCCGCGGAGAGAAUGAGGAGUGACGAGCCGACGACGCCCAUGGAAGACAGCGGCGCGCCAGACGACGCUACGGCGCAGGGCGGCCCGUGUCCCGGCCUGGCCCCGGCCCCUCCCGGCCGCCUGGGGGCGCCCUACUGCGAGGCCUGGGGCUACUUUCACCUGGCCCCCGCGCGCCCGGGCCACGCGGCGGGCCAGUGGGCCACCUGCCGGCUGUGCGGGGAGCAGGUGAGCCGCGGCCCGGGCUUCCACUCGGGCACCCCGGCGCUGUGGAGGCACCUCAAGAGCGCGCAUCGAUGGGAGCUGGAGAAGAGCUCCGCCCGCAGCUCGCCGGCCGCCGCCCCGGGCCCGCUGCCGCCGCCGCCGCCGCCGCCGCCUCCUCGCGGGCCCUCGGCCGAGGGCGACUGGGCGCGCCUGCUGGAGCAGAUGGGCGCGCUGGCCGUGCGCUGCAGCCUGCGCGAGCGCGAGCUGGCGCGGCGCGAGGCGGCGGUGGAGCAGGGCGAGCGCGCCCUGGAGCUGAGGCGCAGGGCCCUGCAGGAGGAGGAGCGCGCGGCGGCCCAGGCGCGGCGGGAGCUGCAGGCCGAGAGGGAGGCGCUGCAGGGGCGGCUGCGGGAAGUGAGCCGCCGCGAAGGCGCCCUGGCCUUGGCCUCUACUCCGCUGCAGCCUCCGCUCAAAGAAGAGCCCUUGGGGGAGAGGGACGGCUACAUAAUUACCAAGGUCCUGUAGGUCUGGGCCGCUUUCCACUCCCAACCCCUCCCGUGCCAGCGCUACUCCAAGAGUGGUCCACGGAUCAGCCUCACCUGGGAGCUGAAUCUCAGGCCCACCAAGAUCUCCAAAUGUGGACCCUUGAGAAGCACUUAGGAAACCAGAGUAGAACCAAAAAUCACUUAACGCUCUGUGCCCCGCCACGCCCCGGGAUGCCUGGGAGCACCAGCUCCAGGGGCCUCCUUUGCUGUUGGGCUUCGGUGCAAGGAGGUGGUUUUCCUGCAACUCCUUUCGGAAGGACAGCUCCGUCCUAUAUUACCCGGAGUCCUGUAACUUCCAUACGUACUAAAGACUGCCACACCACGUGACUGGACACCCGCCAGGGCAACCCAGGGUGGAGGGAGCACGGAAAUGAGGAUCGAGCGUUUUAUCCAAGGAGAGUUUUAUUCGUUCCCUCAUGAAUAAAUCUUUGGCAAGUUGGUUUUGCCAGGCACGAGGUUCUGAAAAGGGGGCCAUUUAGCCUCCACAACUGUUCUUUACCCUGUCAUCCUAGUGCCUCAUCAGAGCAAUCUGGGAGAACCCCUGUUUGCUCCCCAGCUUGAAGAGAGCGCACCCCGGCUGUUCCCUUUCCGUUGAAGACCCAGUGGCAGCUGUGGUGCGUUUGUGCCUUAAGCUUCCUUACUAGCAAAACAUGAGCUCCUCCCUCCUUAGGAAGGGAGCUUGGUUCCCCACAAAACAGUCCUCGCUUCUGGGCCACAAGAGAAGACAUCUCUCCCAUCUGAGGUCACCUUUACUUCUUCCCGUUUGCCUCCAUUCCUCUUCCACCUUUACUGGACCUUUGCUCCAUUACCGUUUCUCCUUUCCUCUGACUCAUUCCCUCUCUUCCCCAGACUACUCUGGUUCCUCAGCAACAAGUCUCCCCUUGUACUAAAAAGAAAGAUUUGCCCAGCUUGACUGUCCCCAGCUUAACACUACCCAAGAGGGGUCCAGUUACCCUUGCUGCCUGUAUUUCCUCCCCAUACUUAAGUCCUUUCCUGGAGGUCAGCUUCCCAUUCUACACUGGACCCGUAAGCUGAAUAUAAUUUGUUUUCAGCCUUCAUCUUGCUAGUAAAAUGAACACCCACAUAUACCCUCCACCUAGACUGAACACUUAACAUAUUGCCUUAUUUUCUCUGCCCUCUAUCCCAAACAUACAUGGCAUUUCAUCCCGAAGUAUUUCAGUCUAUAUAUCCUAAUAGCCUCUAAUACAGAGUCCUUAAUCAAAAUUCCCCAUUGUCUCAAAAAUGUCUUUUUAUCUUUCUUACAAAACAGGGUCCAAUCAAGGUUCAUACAUUACUUUUUGAUAACUUUAGUCUCUUUUGGUCUAGAAUAGCUCCCUUAUUACUUUUUUUUCCAUGACACUUUUUUUUUUUAACAUUUAUUUUUGAGACAGAGCAUGAACGGGGGAGGGUCAGAGAGAGGGAGACACAGAAUCUGAAACAGGCUCCGGGCUCUGAGCUGUCAGCACAGAGCCCAACGCGGGGCUCGAACUCACGGACCGCGAGAUCAUGACCUGAGCCGAAGUCGGCUGCUUAACCGACUGAGCCACCCAGGCGCCGCCCCUCCAUGACACUUUUUGAGAGUCCCAGCCCUCUGGCUUCUAGAAUGCCCUUUAUUCUGGGUUUGUCUGAUUGUUUCCUUAAGCCAAUUUAUGCGCUCAUUCUUGGCUCAUCUGCCUCUGUGCCAGUGACUCCUGACUGCCUCCAGCCUCACGUUUUCUUCCCAAGUUCUGGCUUCAUGUCCAAUCCCUGCUGUGUGUCUCUACCUCUGUAUAGCAUGCCACUGCAGAUGGAAAGGGCAAAUCUCUUCAGUUCCACAUCCCCACCCCUCACCCGAUUAUAACAUUUAUGGGGCUCUGAGAAAGUAUUAGGUAUAUACUGCACACUGUACAUGUACCAUCCGACUCUAUUCUCACAGCAGCUCCUUGAGGAGGUAAUACUGUGCCCACUUACAGCUAAGGAAACGGAGAUAGGGGCUAAGUAGGUUGUAAGUAGUAGCUUUGAGAUCCAAAUCCAGUCUAUACCUCCAGAUGCCCUGUUCCUAGCUGCUGCACUAUCUCCCUUGCUAGUCACUGUGUGAACACCAGUUUCCUCCCUAAUUCCAAGUAUACUGGCACCAUGUGCCAGAGCUGUGCCAAAUGCUUUAGAAUAAGUGCAUGGGCAGCAACCCCAUGACCUAAUUAUUCUUAUGCCCAUUUUGUAGAGGAAGAGACAAGCUCAGGGAACUAAGUAAUGAUGAGGUAAAGUGGGAUUUGAAUUAAUCUCACUGAGGGACACCUGGGUGGCUCAGUUGGUUGCGCAUCCUACUCUUGAUUUUGGCUCAGGUCAUAAUCCCAGGGCCGUGCAAUCUGUGUUGGGCUCUGCUGAGCAUGGAGCCUGCUUAAAAUUCUCUUUCUCCCUCUGUCCCUCUCCCCCACUCACACUCUCUCUCUAAAAGAAAAAAAGAAAAAAGGUUUGAAUUCAUCUCACUCAAUCCUAGGCCCCUAAUGUACUGAGGCUAUUUCUAUAAAGUGUUACACCUGUCUUCCUUCUGAUGCCACCUGCUAAGCUCAAGCCUCACUUAGCAUUCAUCUGGGGUUCAUCUUCCCAUCCUCGUCUUCCCCAGUUGCCCCCUUCCGAACACUCAGCUUGGCCAAAGGAACUGUUCUAAGCCAACAUUGAUUAUAUCACAAUUCCUGCUCAAAGCCCCCACCCCCAGCCCCAUCACCCAUCGUUAAGCUUCAACUUUGUGGCCUGACAUUCAAGUGCCCCCACCCUGGUGCCAGUCUUAUCUGUCCCUUCCCCUACAUGUACUGUAUGCUCCAGCCAAACUAGACUCUUUGUUCUUCCUGACAUGUCCUGUCCUUAUGGCCUUCCCUCCACUUAAAAUGCCCCCUCAAACUCUGAGUAUGAAAAAUCCCACCCAUUUCAAAGACCAUGCUCAAAUUUGACUGCCUGCAUGUAGCUUUCCUUGAUUUCUAAUUUAGAGACGAUUCUUUACUUCUCUGGGUUCAUGGCAUUUUGUAUGUAAGUGUCCAUUAUUGGGCUGUUUGGUUUGAAUCCAAUCAAUUGUACUAGUACGUCAUUAUCAGGAAUGUUUUUCUUAAAACAUUUUUUUUUUUCAUUACACAACCAAUGCAAAUGCAAUGCCCCAAUCUAGGAAGAAAUCAGAAAACAAUCCCCCAGGGAGCCUGGGUGGCUUAGUCAGUUAAGCCUCUGACUCCAGCUCAGGUCAUGAUCUCACAGUCCGUGGGUUUGAGCCCCUCAUCAGGCUCUGUGCUGACAGCUCAGAGCCUGGAGCCCGCUUCAGAUUCUGUGUCUCCCUCUCUCUCUGCCCCUUCCCAGCUCACGCCGUCUCUCUCUCUCCUUCAAAAAUAAACAUUAAAAAAAAUUAAAAAAAACAAAACAAUCCCCCAAAGUCUUGUCAUCUCAGUAAAACUUCUGUUAACUUUUUAAUGUAUUUUAUUCUUUUGUAUUCCAUAAUUUUUACAUUAUUCUAAUAAUAGUAUGUUAUUUCUAUUAAGGAUUGAAAUUUAACUUCUUCACGUGGAUUUGAAAGUUGGGCUAUACUAUAGGAAUUUGAAUUUUUAGAAGGGAAAAAAAGCUCCUACCAAUGUUACUCUUCUAUUCCACCAACUGUUAGAACCGUUAAUACCAGCAAAGACUGAGUUUCAGAAUUUUAACUGCCUCCUCAAGAAAGAUGACUAAUGGGAGCACCAGUAGCCUCUGUUUAGGGGACAGGGGAACAAUAUCAGGGGCCUGAUAACUUAGUGCUGGUUGUGGGAGAGAUUUUACUUUCUCUUUUAUAUACUUCUGCCUUGUUGUACUUUUUUUAUACCAAGCACGAAUUACUUUUAUAAUCAAAAAUAAAAUAAUUCACAUUUCUCAAAUGAGAA